AAUAACUGCCGUGAAUGGCAGAAAAAGUAAUUUCAUAUGAAAACGAGGGACAUUUAACGUUCCAAAACGGCAAGAGAAAAGGGAGAGCGAAAAAGUUAAGAGACGGGACCUGAAAGUAUGCAGAGGGGAAAGAAAAUGGUUAGAUAGAUAGAAAAUCAAAAUAGAUACAGAAAAAGCGAAAGUUGCUCCAGAGAGAUCUCAGCUAAGCAUUGAAUUUUUAAAGAGGACUGAGUCGAGUUGUGCUUUAGAGGUGAGUCUAUGUUUAGAAGAUUCAGAUCGUGACCCGCCGGAUCCAGUAUCCUCUAAUUGACAGUAGCCGUCCGAUCUAGCUCCUUCUUUCUCUGAAGUUUCAACUUCCACGAAGCCAAUUUGAAAGGGAAAGGAAAACCUUCUCGAUCCGCUUGAGUUUCGGAUUUUUAUUUGGAUGCUGCACCUGCUUCCUCAGAUUUGAACUCCGUGGAAGCUUUAACUUCUCUGUAAAUUGAACUGAGGGUAAAAAACGGUAUUGGACAUGGAUGAAAUGAUAGUGUAGUAGCAUAAUUCUAAGCAGAGAAUCAAGUAAAUGGAGGAUCUUUCCAAGUAUGCCCAUAGUCCAGCUCAUUUAGCUGUUGCUCGCCGUGACUAUGCUGGGCUUAGGCGCAUUAUCUCAACACUCCCUCGGCUUGCCAAGGCUGGCGAGGUUAAUACUGAAGUUGAAUCUCUUGAGGCUGAGGAACGGGCUGAUGCUGUCUCGUCUGUCAUAGAUCGUCGUGAUGUCCCAGGUCGGGAGACUCCGCUGCAUUUAGCAGUGCGAUUGAGAGAUCCGAUCUCAGCGGAGAUUUUGAUGGUGGCUGGAGCAGAUUGGAGUCUUCAGAAUGAGCAGGGUUGGAGUGCUUUGCAAGAAGCGGUUUGCACAAGGGAAGAGGCAAUCGCCAUGACUAUUGCUCGACACUACCAGCCGCUUGCCUGGGCAAAAUGGUGUCGCAGACUUCCCAGGAUUGUUGCCUCAGCAGCUCGUAUCCGUGAUUUUUACAUGGAGAUGUCUUUUCAUUUUGAAAGUUCAGUCAUUCCAUUUAUUGGACGCAUUGCACCAUCAGACACUUACCGCAUUUGGAAGCGGGGUUCAAAUCUCCGCGCUGAUAUGACACUUGCUGGAUUUGAUGGGUUCCGCAUUCAAAGAUCAGACCAAACAUUUCUCUUUCUAGGGGAAGGCUACACUUCUGAGGAUGGGAAUCUUUCUCUUCCUGCUGGCUCUUUGAUUGUUCUUUCUCAUAAGGAAAAAGAAGUUACAAAUGCCUUAGAGGGGGCUGGUGCACAACCAACUGAAUCAGAAAUCGCUCAUGAAGUGCAAAUGAUGUCUCAAACUAAUAUGUAUAGGCCCGGUAUUGAUGUCACUCAGGCUGAGCUUGUUCCUCAUUUGAAUUGGAGGCGACAAGAGAGAAGUGAGAUGGUUGGAAACUGGAAGGCUAAAAUUUAUGAUAUGCUUCAUGUGACAGUCAGCGUGAAGUCAAGGAGAGUUCCUGGUGCAAUGACUGAUGAAGAGCUUUUUUCUGUGGAUGAUGAAGAAAGGAUGGCAAAUAGCGGUGAACAGGAUGAGUAUGAUGAUGUAUUGACAGCUGAGGAAAGGAUGCAGUUGAAUUCGGCGCUUCGUAUGGGAAAUUCAGAUGCUGUUUGUGAUGAUGAUGAGCAUGGAGUUGUCGACUGUCAAGAAAAUGGUUCAGCAGGUGGCUAUGAAAAUUGUGAAUCAAAUGGUGUUGCUAAGGAGAAGAAGAGCUGGUUUGGCUGGAAUAAGAAAGGCUCAAAGAACAGUGAUGAUCCUGAUGAUUCAAAGAUUGGAAAGUUCUCAAAAUCGGCUCCUGAAGGUAGCAAUCAGAGACAAGUUGAUAAUCAUAGAUCAUCAUCUGAAUUUGCGAAGGAAGAUGCUGUCGAUGGCAAGAAGCGUAAAGAUAAAAGCAGCAAGAAGAAGAAGAAGAAAGGGGGCAAUAGUGAUGAUAAACAUGAAAGUGAGUAUAAGAAGGGUUUGAGACCUGUUUUGUGGUUAACACCAGAUUUCCCUUUAAAGACAGAGGAACUCCUGCCUUUACUUGACAUAUUAGCCAACAAAGUCAAGGCUAUAAGGAGAUUAAGGGAGCUUUUAACAACUAAACUGCCAUCGGGCACAUUUCCAGUCAAGGUUGCCAUCCCUAUUGUCCCAACUAUUCGAGUCCUUGUCACUUUCACUAAAUUUGAGGAGCUUCAGCCAAUGGAGGAGUUUGCAACUCCUCCUUCCAGCCCGGUUCAUUUCCAGGAUGCCAAGUCAAAAGAAUCAGAGGGUUCAACAUCAUGGAUUUCGUGGAUGAGAGGGAGUCGUGGUGGCCAGUCAAGUGACAGUGAUAGCCACCGGUAUAGGGACGAGGUUGAUCCUUUCCACAUACCAACCGGCUAUACCUGGGUUGAUGCAAAUGAGAAAAAACGUCGCAUGAAAGCUAAGAAAGCCAAAAGCAAGAAGCACAAAAGGCAGGCAGCAGCAGCUAAAGGCGGGGAUGGAGGUCAGCAGCAGGUGACUGAAGAGGUGGAAGAAUAAUUACAGGAUCCCGGGUGUUUUACCCUUUCAGUGGCAUCUACAACAGAUUUAGGAGGUAAGGCUACUGCCUAUACACAUUUGAUAUUUUACUAAUUGCAAUUGGCGAAAUGGGGCAGUUGAUUUGCUGAAUGAUUGGUAGGGGGAAUGAAUCAGUUUGAUUAAAGAAAGAAGAGCCUUGUCUUCUUCUGUUGUAUUGUUAUGUGAUGUGAAAUUGGUUUCUUUAUUAGUUUGUUUCAGUUCUAAUUUUUAUUGGACAUUAAA